AUGGUUCUCCGCAGCAAGGUCUUUAGCAACACGACCUACCGCGAUUGGACCGAGGCCGCCGCGUGCAAGGCGGCCGGCAGCUGGAACCUGCACCGCCUAUUGCCGAGGGGAAUGGACUUUUUUAUUCUGUACUCGUCCAUCUCGGGGUCCCUCGGUGGCACGGCCACGGUCAACUACUCGGCGGCGUGUGCGUACCAGGACGCCCUGGCGCACUACCGCAAUGCGAUCGGCGAGCGCACCACCACGCUCAAUCUGGGCGUGAUGCUGGACGACGGCGCCCUGCGCGACCGUGACAACGUCCGGAUGGCUCUGAUGGGCACGGGCUACCUGCUGGGGAUCACGCAGCAAGAAAUGUUCGCGCUGCUGGAGUACCACUGCGAUCCGACGGUGACCUCGUCGAUCCCGACCACGCCCCUGCGGUCGCAGGUCGUGGUGGGCAUUAAUACGCCCCGCAAUCUCAUCGCCCAGGGCAUCGAGGUCCCCAGCAUGAUGCACCGCCCGCUGUUCGGCGGCAGCUGGAACAUCCCGGACGCCAAUGCGGUUUCCACCAACGAUGACCGCCCCCCGGAGAUCGUCGACCGGUUGAUCGAGUGCAAGUCCCUGGAUCAGGCCGCGGCCGUCAUCUCUGACUGUCUGAUGCAGCGCCUCAGCACCGCCCUGGGCGUGCCCCUACAGAAUCUGGACGUCGGCAGAUUGCUGAAUGUCUACGGCGUCGACUCGCUCAUGGCGGUCGAGCUGCGCAACUGGUUCAAGCUCAAGCUCGACGCCGACGUUGCCGUCUUCGAGAUCUUGGGGAAUGUCACCUUCAGGGAGAUCGUGAGGCUGGUCGCCGGGAAGAGUUCGAUGGUGGCUACCAUGUUGACGAAUGGCGCUGCGUAG